GUGUUUAGAACUCGCUGUUGACACAACAAUCUGAGUUAUGUGGUGAUUUCUUAAAGGAUAAAUAGAUGUGCCACUUCCCGGAUUUCACAGAAGCCACCUUACUCGAAGCAGGCUGCCAUGACCAGCCAGUCUCAGGGGAUCCACCAGCUCCUUCAGGCAGAAAAAAGGGCCAAGGACAAGCUAGAGGAAGCCAAGAAGAGGAAAGAGAAGCGAUUGAAGCAAGCUAAGGAGGAAGCCAUGGCAGAAAUUAACCAGUACAGAAUGCAGAGAGAUAAGGAGUUUCGACUGAAACAAUCUAAGGUAAUGGGGUCUCAAAGUAAUCUCUCAGAGGAAGUAGACGAGCGAACACUCGGGAAGAUAAAAGAAUUGAAUGGAAGCUACAACAAGUACAUGGAAGUCGUGCUGAAACAGCUUUUGAACAUGGUUUGCGACGUGAAGCCGGGAAUCCACGUAAACUACAGAGCUACCCACUAAACGUGCACCCUACUGCUCAAUAAAUGCUCUCAAGUUGAACUGGGAUAAUUCUCCUCGGAAUGGAUACUGUAUUCCUAAAUUUAAAGAGAACAAGAUUAUUGGAAGGAAAGUAUGAUAAAAUAAAGCUAAGAAUCUAAGCACAGAGGCCAUUAAAAAUGUAAUGAUUCCGGGGCACCUGGAUGACUCAGUGAGUUAAGCAUCCGAUUCUUGGUUUUGACUCAGGUCAUGAUCUCACAGUUCAUGAGUUUGAGCCUUAUGUCAGCUCUGGCUGCCAGUGUGAAGCCUGGUUGGGAUUCUCUCUCUCUCUCUCUCUCUCUCUCUCUCUCUCUCUCUCUCUCUCCAUCUCUCA